AUGAAAAGUCAAUCUAGUGAAUUUUCACCAGAUUAUCUGCCAAUCAGUUAUAAUAACAUUCAUAAAAGUAGUGUUUCUGCUAUUAACACUACACAUCAUGGUGACAAUAACAGCAGUAAUAGUAAUAAUAACGUUUUAGCAUUUAAUCAAUGUUCAUCCGAUAUUCCACAACCUUUAAGCAAUCUUGUGAUUCCUUCAGUAUGUAUAGCACGUAAACUUAUUUGGUGCAAUCAAAAGGAAGUUGCUGAGCUUUUGCUAGGAGCAUGUGUACACCCCAACUGGCUUUCAUCAGUUAUUCAAGUUCGUCCUAGAAAUGGUUCUAUUAUUUUUUAUCGACGAGAAUUGGCCACCGUAGCACGUAAACAAGAUGGUUAUUUAUGGAAAAAGAAACCAAAUCGACGUACUACUAAAGAAGUUCACAUGGUCCUUAAAGUUCAAGGGAUCGAGUGUAUUAUCGCCAACUAUGCACAUUCCGCUUUAAUCUCUACGUUUCAUCGACGAACCUAUUCAUUAAGAUUUAAUCCUUCUAUUGUAUUAUUUCAUUAUUUGAAUGUACCCUUAUUAACUCAUGAGAAUAAACUUUGUUUACCAUUACCUAAUCUAAGUGAAAAUGAUCGUAAUGAAUUAACUUAUGCUCAACUUGUUGAACAGUUAGUGAAUAUGUUUAGUAAUUUCCCAAAACAUAUCAUGAAGCCUGGUGUUGACCAAAUUCUAAAUUUCGAUUUAAAUUUCUCUAAUUUAAUUCAGAUUCUGAGUGAUCAUAUUUGGAAUUCAUCAGUGAAUCCGAAUUCCCCUCCAUCAUCGUCAUUAUCAUUUCUGUCUGAUAAUUCAUAUAGAAACAUAACGAGUAGCAGUGUUGUGAAGAGUAUGUCUUCACUACAAUCUGAUAUAAAUCAUCAUCAUCCGCACGCAGCUGUAUUUCUCCUUAUCACGCCCAAAUUAAAUGAUAAUUAUCAGACAAAUUUGGAAUUAGUCUUUUCGAAUAACAAGUCGUUUUGUCGAACAAAUCCUCAUACGCGAAAUAUUCGCGGAUAUCAGUUUUCAGAUAUAAUUAAUAACAAUAAUAAUGAAAAUAAUGAUGAUUACAUUCCAUUCAUAUUCUCUUCUUCAAAACCAAUAAAUAGAUAUUGUCAAAACAAUGAAACUUCUAAUUAUGAUAAUAACAAUAAUAUUAACUCAAAAAAUAAUGAUAAUAAUCCAGACAGGGAAGUAGAGGCAAGUUCUGCUGUGAACCAGUUAUUGUUUCCUGAUGAUGAUAAUAAUAAUAGUGUAGAAUCUAAUAAUUUGCUAUCUGAUGUUGUAAUUAAUUGGGCUAAUGAUUAUCCCUAUUCAUUAUCACUAACAAUGAAUAACUUUGAAAAUUUUAACACAACAAAAAGCAUCGAGUCAAAUGAUAGUCCUGAUCAUCAAAAUAUCAAUGAUGUUGUUAAUCAUAAUCAUCAGUAUGUUAAUACUGAUGGUAGCACACAUUCCAAUGAUAACAUCACCACUACUUCUACUACUACUGCUAAUAAUGGUAAUAAUGAUUAUUUUCAUAUUAAUGAAGAAGAAGUAGUAGUAGUAGAAGAUCCAACUAGAAUAACACCCUUUGAAAUAGGUUAUUCUGAUGAAUUAAUAAAUUUCACUGAUUUAAUCAUCACAUCAACAUCAACACCUUCACCAUUUAUCUCAACUUAUACUGAUGAAGACUUAGGACUUUUAUCAAAUGAAUUAAUUACUGAUAAUAAUCUACUUGGAAAUGAUUUUACAGCGAUAACAACCACAACAACUGCAAUAAGACCCACUAGCAAAAUAAUCAAUAAUGACUGUAAUGAUUGUUGCUGUGUAACAGAACAGCAUCAAUCUAAUCAUAAAUUCUUUUCAAAAGAACAUGUUUCCAGUGAGUUGUCGUCUAGUAAUUUAAAUGUUCAUACAAUAACUAAUAAUGGUAGAUAUGCUGUACAAAUUAAUCAUGUUAAUAUUGAUAAAGAAGUGAUAAAAAACAAUCGGUUCAAUAAUCCUAUCAGUGAAAUUGAUGAUAAUUUGAAUCUUGAAACUUGUAAGAAUAUCUACUCAGCCAAUCAUCGUUUACCUCUGAUAACAAAUGUGUAUGAACCUGAAAAAAACGAAAGUUUUGAAAGCGCACAAUUUAACUGCCAGCAAAAUGAUACUGCUUGUAAUCCAUUCAUAUCUGAUGGAGGAUACUCAGAGUACAGUUUUGGUCGGUGCAAUAAUAUAGAUUUGCUCAAAUUAAAGCUCUCAGAUGAUCUAUUACGUUGGAUAGUGUUUAUUCGCUUUAGUUCAUUAGCACCGGGUAUUCAUUUAUCCAUUGACAUUGAAGAUGAAUUCAUUUUAUUACCAAAUCAUAAAUCAAGAAUAUUUAGCAAGUCAUUUGAUGAAUCUAACUAUAAUAGUACAUCAAUUACGUCGAAACAUAUGGAUGAUAUACAUUCUGACAAUGUUUCGAAUUCAAUGCUUAUAAAUUAUUUAACAAGUAACUUUGAUGAAUAUCCUAAGUUGAAUAUACCACUACGACAUGAUCAAUGUGCAGAUAAAUUGGAAAUGUAUUUAAUUCUACAACUAGUCGAAUGGAUGAAGAAAACAGAUAAUAUUAGUAAUAAUAAUAGUGAUAGAACAAAUCAAAGUUCUGUCAGUUACUUAUUAGAAGCUGAAAAUGAAUUUGAUGAGUUCAAUAUUCAACAAUUACAAGAACAAAUGACUUCAUUGAAGAUAGAUAUUUCUCUUUUAAGUUGUGCAGCUGCUUUGGGUUAUUCUGAACUGAUACUAGGACUGUUGCAAUGGGCUGUACGAAUUUAUUAUAAUCAACCUACAUCAUUCUUUACAGAUCACUGUGGUACAACUUUACAGUCAGAUGUCGAUACAGAUUUAUCUAGGAUCUUAUCUCUUUUACAUGAUUUGACCCCAAAUAAUUCCCCCUCCCUUGCUUAUCCAACACUCACACCAUUGGGUUCAGCUAUUCUGUACGAACAGGUUGUAACAACGAAGCUCUUAGUAGUAUGGGAUCCAGAUGCUCUUCAUAAACCUUGUUUAUAUAAUUCAUUAUCGUCGUGUUCAAAAUUGGGUGAUGAGUUUACGCCAGAAAAAUUAGCAUUGGUUAUCAAAAGUGAAUCUAUGCAAAAGUGUAUUGAACAAUUAGAAGUACAAUAUUUUUCAUCGAAUGCACAAAAUUAUGCAACAGAUACUGUUAGAACUAAAUUAGAAAGACUUGUUAAUUAUACGGAAACAUUUACACUACCAAAUCAUAUUGAUCUAACGGAAAUUGAUGUUAAUACAAAACCAUCGUCAUUUACUCACUCAUUGUUAUAUACACAAUCGAAUAUGAUUAAGUUAGACUAUUCAAAGCAAAAUUAUAGUCUAGACGUAUCUAUUGAUGAUGAUGAUAUUCCAGGAGAAGAAUCACUUUAUCACUCCACAUCGUUACAUAAUAUCUGUAAUACAAGUUAUCAUUCAAAAAUUUUAAAGUCUUUACCAACACCAGCAGCCAAUCAGUUUGUAGAUAAUUCAGAUAAUUUUAAAUAUGCAGUCGAAAAUAACAACAAUUCGUUCGAUACUCAUCAUCAACUUUAUGAGGAUGACAUUACUUUGAAUUCAAAUAUAAAACGUAAAAAUAUAUGUACCUGGCGUAAACAAACAUACAAUCGACGUCAUCAUUGUCAUAAUGGUCGUUUAGAUUCAACUUCUCUUUAUGCUAGUGUAACAAAUUUAAUGAAUGAUGAUCAUUCUCAAAUGUUUUGUUUAGCUGACAGGAUAAUUGAAGCUAUGCCUAGGCGUAUUGUUAAUCUUCAUAAUCAAAAUUGUGAUGAUCUGCUAUCAACCCAUGUAGAUUAUGAUAAUAGUUAUAAUUGUGAAGAGUCCCAGUCUUCUUCUAUCCAGUUUUCUGAUUCAGCUUUAGGUGAAAGUAUUGCUUUGAGUCGAGCACCAGUUGACCAACUCAAAUCACAUUCUUCAUUGUUGCAUUAUGAACCAUUCACUUUAGCCACUAAUACUAAUUCUAUUACUAAUCCUAUUCAGUUAACAAAUAAUGAUGAUACAAACAAAUAUUCAGUUAAAAUAUUUCCAAAUAUAACAAACAAAUCAUUUAGUAAUAAUCAUAAAAAUAAUAAAUCAAUUGGUUCAUUUAAUUCACUUCCAUCGAAACGACCUUAUCGUGAUAAAUAUUUGACAUUAUAUAACAGUUUUAGAUAUCGUGGUGUUGGCAUCGAUGAUUAUCCAGAGAAUAAAGUGAAUCAUCAGUUAAAAAGUGCUUUACUUAGUUUUCAUGAACCUUUGAGAAGAAGAUCAUAUUUUACUCCUCCUAUUCAAAAAAAUAGAAGUAAAUUGAAAACUUCCAAUGAUGAUGAUGAAAUCAGUGUUGAAUUGAAUUCUCAUGAAACUGGAGUUAUCACGUCAAAUUCAAUGUUCGAUACACCUUUUAGUUCUACUAGUUUUAUGAGUUCAGAUUUAAAUAAUGAAAAUGAUUUUGAUGUACUUCGAUAUGAUCGUCAAGGGAAAUCAUUAAGCGCUUUCAGUUUAAAUAGUCCACCACCGUCUACAGCACAAAUUGCUGAACAUUUUAAUGCAGUACCAGGAAAAUUUAUGGAAACUGACUUAAGUAGAUUAACUCUAUCGGAUAUGGAACAGAAACGUUUAUACGAAGCAGCCAAAAUUAUACAGAAAUAUUAUCGAGCUUAUAAAAAACACAAUCAGUCGGCGAUUAUUCAAAAUAAUAAUAAGAAAUUGUCCAAUACAUUUAUACCUAAUCAUGUUUUAUGCUCUUCAUCAAACCAUGAUUAUACUACUGAAACAGAUUUAAGUACUUUUGAUAAAUCCUUAUCCAAUAAUAAUGCUUAUUCAAAAAGUGUGUGUGAUGUUAACAACACGCAUCAGAUUGUACACCAACUUCAGCAAAAUAGCAAUACUGUCAUCUCUCUAACUGAUAAACAAGAAUGGAAUAAUGAUGUUUUACUGGGUUUCGAAAAUGAUACAUCUGUAGGCCUUGAAGUGGAAAUAGAAACAUCAUACGAUAAUACAAUAACCAAUGAUAAUGAUAAUUCAUAUCAAGUUCAGUCUAUUCAGUCUGGUCAAUUGUCUUUACCUGGAGAAACAAAUUCCAAUUGUUGUUUGAAAACAACAACUAACUUUUCCAAUUGUAUCUCAACUUCAAUACAAUCAUUGAAUUCACCACAACCAUCAAUGAAUUCAUCAUCCAAUGGGCCAUGUAAUAAAGAAAUUGAGGCUGCAAUUAUUAUUCAAAGUUAUUAUAGACGUUAUAAACAGUAUGCAUAUUAUAAACGAUUAUGUCAAGCUGCACUUUUAAUUCAAAAUCGAUAUCGUUGGUAUGUAAAUCGAAAGAAGAAUGGUAAUAGCGCGGGAGUUUCAGCUGGUCCUAAACUUAGAAAACCUAGAUCAAGUCAAUGUAAUAAUCCACGAUACAGGUCAGUAUGUACACGAAAACCAAAGGCGAAUAAUAACACAGGUGGUGAAGUAAAUAUCGGAUUUCCGGAUGCAUAA